CCCAGCCGAAUCCGUUCCCCACCAUACCAGGUCCCUCGAUCCAGCCAUCAUCCCGGUCUCGGUCCUGAAACCUCCCCGUCAAUUAAUUACGAUUGCCAACCUCAACUUGUUACGGGUACACAGAGCUCUCUCUGUCCAGAGUCCAGGGUCACACUCAGCAGCACAAGCCUUUCUCGUAGAGUCAGCCGACGCUUCAGGAGUCGUGAUCUCCCCACAAGCCGCCACAAUGGCUGGCCUCAUCGACCCGACAAAGACGGGCAACUACCCCGUCGUACUGAGUGAUCGUCUUCUGGGCAAAGAACACAAUGAAAUCUUCACAGGCGUGCGCUAUAACCACAAACCGAGUGGAAUCUCCGAGUCGUCAACCGCCCGCGUCAAACCGUCGAUCGCCGGACAGACAUCGUCCUACGACCUCACCAUAUCCGAAUCGGACGGCACAUAUGCCUACCAAGGCACGAGGAGCGUCGGAGACGGACGCUAUGUCAUGUACUUUGACCCAAGGAGAGAGGUCUUUGUCCUCGACAGGCUCGACUCGACUUUCCACAUGAACCUGACGCGUAUGCCUGGGAACUCGGAUGCAAGCAGCUUGGAACGACGACAUCCCCAGAUCAAGGCCGCGGACACGGCGCCCAAGAAGCCAGAGGCCAAACCCAAGGCGAAGGCGAAGCCCAGGGCCAAGAGUCCGCCGCCCAGGAAGAAGGAGCCCGCUGCGAGGAAGCCGGAGCGCAAAGCCAAGAACAUUGACCUUGCGCUACCGCCGGCCGCAGCAGCAGCAGCAGCAGCAGCAGCAGAAUCGAAACGAAAGAAGGCGCCAGAGGAGGACGAGGACGAAGAAGAGGAAGAAGACGACCCGCUGCAGGUCGAGUACCCGGACGGCAGCGGUCCCAAAGCCAAGGGCCGUGGCUUCUCACCGGCCGUCACGUCCGUCAGACCAUUUGACGAGUUCAUGGACCGACGGGAAAGUGAGGCCGACGACGCCGAUGGCGAGAGCAUGGAUGAAGAGGAGGACUUCAAGCUACCUAGUCCGGUGAAGCAGCCCCAGCAGAGCGGGUACGCAUCGGAUCAUCAUGAGGAGGGGGGCGCCGCCGAGGGCGACACACAGCAAUCUCUGGAGGAUGAGCUUGAGAAAGAUCUUGAAGAAGCCUUUGAGAUGGAGAUGGCCGAGGGCAGCGGUGAGGCUGAGCCCCAGCAGGACGACGAGAGCGACAUUAGUGAGGAGGACUGAUCUAACUACCAUCUUGGACACCCAGCGGACUUGCUUUGAGCAACUAUUCUUUCUCCAGGCGUUCAAGGGUUGGACAGCAGCGAUCUCGAAUUUACAUAGAUACCAUCUGGCUACGACAAUAGGACAGCAUUCUCGCCCUCUGUUCCUUGAUUUUCUGCUGCAUUAGAGGCGUGCCUUGGCAUCCGCGAGCACGCUACUCCGUCCCCGGAGCAUGCCCUCAUCAAAGGUGCCCAGGGUGAUGCUUGUCAUGUCGGUUCU